ACGGGGGCUUUGUGGGGCCCAGAAUGAGCCUAACAUAAGAGCAUUUACAUUUAUAGCAUUUUGGCUGACACCCUUAGCCAGAGUGAAACAAUGUAUACAUGCAAACAACGGAAAUGAGAAAUAAGCCAGAAAUUCUACCCAGAGAAUCAGAUGACUGAUGGUGACCAAGGUCAAUAUUCUGGGGUAAGAAAUUAUGAAGACAGCAGAUAGAGGGAGGGGGAUGACACACACGACGCUGGACAUCGCAGGGAGCUCAACGCUGAAGCAGUUUGUCAUUCCCAAGAAAAGACGGCCACCAGGGACAAGCUUGCUUGAACCCUGCAUGACAGAAAGUAGGGAAUACUGCUGUAUUCUGUCAAUACUCAGCAACUCCAGACUAGAUCAAACACCAGACUUCUUCUUGUCCUGGGAGUGCCACCGCGUGCAGCUGGUCAACAAUGAAGAGCUUCUGAGGCAGUUUUUGGAAAAAAGGUCUGAGAUGCGUUCAAGGGGGAGACAGACCAGAGAAAUGGAAGAGUGGUUCUGUUUUUUAGCCGUGUCAGCCAAAGACGUCGAACAUAUUUGUCAGCAGGGAUUGAAGGUUGACGGCUCUGGAAAGCACACGCUGGGAAACCCAGAGCAUGGAGUGUAUCUGUACAGACAUGUAGAUGUUGCCCUAAGAAGCAGCACCUACACAAACCUUAUCAUCUUUAAGGUAAUUGUUGGCAAGGUGAAAAGAGUCCCACCAAGUUUGGGAAAGAAUAGCUUUCAAGACCCAACGAUACAUUAUGACUGCUACAUUUCCAAAGACCCAACUGGACCAAAGGAUACUCUGUUACAACAGGCCUUGGGCUCAUCUGUGUUUGCCUUUGAUUAUAAUGAAAACCAGGAGCUCACCCCAAGGCCCAGGCAGUGCUUACCAUAUGCAGUGGUUUCAGUCGUUCCUAUCAGAAAUACCUUUUCUGCAGCAUCUAAAAGUAUCAUGGCCUCGCCUUCAAAGAACCCAUCAACUGAAAUGUUAUUAGGUACAUCUGAAAAAGGUUUUCAAUGUUUUAUCAUAAGUCUCAUGAUCAGGAUGCUUAUACAGCCGCUCUUUUCAACUGCACCGCAGAAAAGGAUGCUUGUUGAUUUCUUUCCCACAACCUUUGUAAAACCAUCUUAA